AGUUUACAAUAUAAUAGCUUAAAUAUACAUAUAAAAGAAAAAUAAAGUGAAAACGUCACUCUCGUGUGGAACACAUAUAUUUUUUCGCUUUUUAGCAGAUCAUUAUUUUUUUUUUUUGAUUAUUGUUUACUCCGAAGCUAUUCUCCCAUAAAGAGAUAUUUUGUUUCUAAAAAAAGAAAUACAUAAGAGAAACGAACACAUUUUUAGAAUAAAAUUUCAUAAAUUAAUAAUAAAAUAUAGGAAAGCAACUUUACAAACACAAUAAAACAAGAAAAUCAGUUUUAAAUUAAGUGAAAGAUUGUGCAGAUGGUAGACCUAAAGAAAUUUAAUUGAUAAAAAUAAGACUAUAUACAUACAUAUGUAGAUGUUGCAAUAAUCGUUCUUCUUUAUUUGGAUAAUAAUUUUUUAAUUCAUAGGAAAGAAAAAAAAAUUCAAGUAAAUAUUAAUUUAUAAAAAAAAAUAAAUAAAGAUGACAGAAAAUGAUAGUGGAAAGUGUGCAUUAUGUGGCUGUGAAGCAAAAAGUUUUUGCUCUGCGUGUAGAACAACAAAAUAUUGUUCAGUUGAACAUCAAAAGAAACAUUGGAAACAGCACAAAAUUGAUUGUCAACCAUAUAAGAUAGUAGCAACAGAAGACAUGGGACGUGUUUUAAUUGCAACACGUGAUAUUUUAGCUAAAAAUAUUAUAUUCGUUGAGAGUCCUAUAUGUGUCGGCCCUAAAUGGUUUAUAAGCGACCGUGAUGAAACAAUACCUAUAUUUCCAUGUGUUGGUUGUUAUUCGCCUUGCAAGAUUGGUAUACAUUCAUGCCCAAGGUGUAAAUGGCCGUCGUGUUCACCUAUGUGUCCUGGCCUGGACAACCCAAAAUUGCAUAGUCUAGAGUGUCCUAUAUUGUCACUUGGUCCAGGACCAACUGAUAGUAACAGCUUAAAAUCUUUAAUGGAUUAUUAUCGGGCAGAUUCAUUAUUUGUUCUAAAAUGUUUGCUACUCCAGUGGAAGCAACCAAAAAAAUGGGAAGACCUUCUGAAUAUGCAAAGCCAUGAAGAUGAACGAUUAGGAUCUGAAUUAUAUUUAGAUGCUCAAAAACGAAUUGUCUCGUUUCUGCAUGAUAAUUUUUUAUCAAAUUUUAAGAAAUUGCAGGAACAGUCUCAAACUCAAAUAUUAAAAAAAUAUGAUGAAAAUAUUUUACACAAAAUAUGUGGAAUAAUUGAAACUAACUACAUGUGUAUCAAUUUAUUAAACGGUUUAGAAUUAUCUGGAAUUUUCGCAAUUGCUUGUAUGAUGGAGCACAACUGUCAACCAAAUUGUUAUUUCCUAUUUGAUCACCAAAAUGGUUUUAAAAUAUCUGUUAUUGCUGGCCGUGAUAUAAAACAGGGAGAACAUUUAAAAAUAAUGUACUCAAAUAUGUUGUGGGGUACACAUAUGAGGCAAGAACAUCUACAAAUGACGAAACAUUUUAAUUGUAAAUGUGAGCGCUGUUGUGAUCCAACUGAAUUUGGAACAUAUUUUAGUGCAUUAAAAUGUGUUGGAGAUGAAAAUAAAACAUGCGAUGGUAUAAAAUUACCAAAAAAUCCACUAUCAUUAACAUCCAAUUGGCAUUGUAAUAAAUGUCCCGUUCAAAUUGGAUAUGAUGAGAUUAAUUAUUUAAUUUCACAAAUGGGUGAAGAAGUGGAAAAUUUAUUGUCGUCAAAACCAACAAUAAAAGAAAUCGAAACUUUAAUUGACAAGCUGUCAAACUUUUUACAUCCAAAUCAUUAUCAUUUGUUCAAUUUAAAGCAUUCAUUAAUUCAACUAUAUGGUUCACAAACUGGUUAUACACUAGAUAAACUUUCGGAUGAUUUAUUGCAGAAAAAAAUGUACAUUUGUAAUGAUUUAUUAAAUAUUUGCGAUAAACUAGAUCCAUUUACAAUAAGAUUAUCGAUUUAUGUUGGUAUUAUACUUUUUGAAAUGCAUAACGUUCUAGUAGAAUUUACAAAAAGAAUGUUGAAGGAGAGAUCAUUGUCACUAUCACCACCAUCACCUUUAGAAUUGAUAGGAAGUACCAUAACAGACCAAAAUCGAGAUGAUAGCCCAGGAAUUGAAGAAAAUAAUGAAUAUAAUAAAGACAACGCUGAUUUAAAAAAUUUAAAUGAAAUUAUGAAUAAAUUAACGACAACAGCAGUAAAUAACGGAAAUAAUGAAAACGGACAAAUAAAUAACGGAGAAGAAGCGACUAGUGAUGACAGUGGCAAAGUUAAAGAACAGGUUGCUUAUAAUUUAAAAUUAGCUCGAGAUUAUUUAUUAAGAGCAGCUGAAGUCCUUAAAAAAGAAUUAGAUAAUGUUGCUGGAUCGAAAUUAAGUGAUGCGGUUAUAAAAGGAAUUUCCUCUGUUGAUAAUUUGUUAUCUAAUCAUUCAUAAACAUUUGAAUGUUGAAGACUAAACGAUUGCUCUUCCAUUGUAUAUAUAUACUUUAGUUAUUCUGCGUGUAUUUUAUUCAGUUCUCAGUUAAAAUGUUAGUGUCUCUGUUUUCUGAGUGUUUACUCUAAUCUUUUUAUACCGUUCAAUUUAUAUAUAUAUUUAUAAAAUUUUUAUUAGAAAGUAUUUGUAAUGUGACAUUUUUAUUAACAUGCGUUUGUGACACGAAUAAAACUAUUUUAGAAAAUUUAAUCAUCAAUCUGUGAAAAGCAUUUUUUUUAUUAUUCAUUGUGCCCGUUAAUUUAUCUAUUCGUUUUCAAAUCUUUUAAACGUUCAGCAGAAAAAUUAUAUGAAACGAGAUAUUAAUGAAGAAAUUACUUCAGUCGGUAGGACCUCAAGUUUUAUAGAUGUAAUUUUUGAAAUUUUACUAUGGCGGUUCAUUACUUCCGCCAAUUACAAAGAUAAUAAUUUUCAUUUUAGUUGUUAUACAAAUAUAAUCAACAAAUA